GCAGCCGCUUGUUUACGGAGGUGAUGAGGACGCUGCUGGCCAGCUGUCAAAGCCAUUAGACCGGAGGAAAAUCCGCACAGGUUCGACUGGGAAACGCGGCCCGGAAACUGUUGACACUCAGCAGGUUGUUUCAGAGGUUCUCAGAAAGGAAGAAGGGGCUGUAGCAUCCACAGCCAAUCCUCAGUUCCUGCUGAUUUUUCCCUGAAGCAGCAGCACCAUGGCCGACCAUGAAGAGUCUAAGAAGACGAAUGGGAAUGCUGGACACUCUUCCAGCCAUUUGGAAACACACAAAGAGAGCAUGCAGCUUAAAAAAGAGAUUUCACUGCUUAAUGGAGUCAGCCUGAUCGUAGGAAACAUGAUAGGCUCCGGGAUCUUUGUCUCCCCAAAGGGUGUCCUUAUUUACAGUGCCUCUUAUGGACUCUCACUAGUCAUCUGGGCCAUCGGAGGUCUGUUCUCAGUAGUGGGGGCCCUCUGCUAUGCUGAGCUGGGCACCACAAUCACCAAAUCAGGAGCAUCUUAUGCAUACAUACUGGAAUCAUUUGGUGGCUUCAUUGCAUUUAUUCGUUUAUGGACAUCUCUAUUAAUUAUUGAGCCUACCAGCCAGGCAGUUAUAGCCAUCACGUUUGCAAACUACCUGGUGCAGCCGCUCUUUCCAACAUGUGAACCACCAUAUGCAGCAUCGAGGCUUAUUGCUGCAGCAUGUGUAUGCCUGCUGACAUUCAUCAACUCUGCGUAUGUAAAGUGGGGCACCCGCGUUCAGGACAUUUUCACCUACGCUAAGGUGGCUGCCCUGAUCGUCAUUAUAGUCACUGGCAUCGUCAAGCUAUGUCAGGGCUACACAAGCAACUUUGAAUCAUCCUUCCAGGGCUCAUCUACAGACCCUGGCAACAUUGCAUUGGCACUGUACUCUGCUCUCUUCUCUUACUCUGGCUGGGACACUCUCAACUUUGUAACUGAGGAGAUCAAAAAUCCUGAAACAAACCUGCCCUUGGCUAUUGCCAUCUCUCUGCCUAUUGUCACCAUUAUUUACAUCCUCACCAAUGUGGCCUACUAUGCUGUUCUGGAUGUCGGUGCUAUACUGGCCAGCGAUGCAGUUGCAGUGACGUUUGCAGAUCACACGCUUGGUGUGAUGAGCUGGACCAUCCCCAUUGCUGUGGCUUUGUCCUGCUAUGGAGGCCUCAAUGCAUCUAUUAUAGCUGCUUCCAGAUUGUUCUUUGUGGGAUCUCGUGAGGGUCACCUUCCAGAUGCUCUGUCCAUGAUCCAUAUACAGAGAUUCACUCCAAUUCCUGCUCUGAUUUUCAAUUGUGUCAUGUCGCUGAUCUACCUGACAGUUGAAGAUGUCUUCCAGCUCAUCAACUACUACAGCUUUAGCUACUGGUUCUUCAUGGGUCUGUCCAUCACUGGCCAGAUCUACCUCCGCUGGAAGGAGCCAGACAGACCCAGACCUCUUAAGCUCUCCUUAUUGUACCCGGUGGUGUUCUGCCUCUGUACCAUUUUCCUGGUGGCAGUUCCUCUCUACAGUGACACGGUCAACUCUCUGAUCGGCAUCGCCAUUGCCCUGUCUGGUGUCCCUGUCUACUUCCUGGGUAUCCACCUGCCAGAGUCCAAGCGACCACCUAUCAUCACCAAACUGCUGCGUUCUCUGACUUACUUCACUCAGUACACCUGCUUCUGUGUACUGACUGAGAUGGACAAAAGUCAAUAGAAUCUAUUUCACUUUAAAGCUCUGGAGUCUGUGCAUCCUCUCAGCCACCAGAUGAGGCCUUCAGCUCUUCGAUGCCACCUAGGAUUUUCAAAUUGACACCAUAAAUGCAUUUAUUAAAAGUCUUGCAUGAUUUUGAAUCUCAGCAACCUCGACCUCAAUCUCAGAGCUGUUUGCAACAGUGGAAAUGCUGCUGCAGAUACACUUAAAGAUUUGUUUUCUAGGAAAGAUUUCCAAGGCGCAGUAGAGAGAUGGUUAUACAGUUUAUUAUCAAUCCUUAUUAGGUUUAGCAGGAAAUGUAUAUGUAUCAUGCCUUUUAAAUGGUAUAUGCCUCUGAGAUUUUACUGGUGCUAUGAACAUGACUGCAGGGACCUGAAGAUUAUGCAAGUAAAUUUUCUCUCAUGGAUUCUUGCUGAAAAGUGUGUGUGUGAUUGAUCUGAAGUAUUAGUCAUGUUCAUUUUCUAAUGAAAAAAGGGAGGAAAUGCAUCUUGGCUGCUGCUACGUGAGGAUGUUGACUCAUCCUUGUAAUGACAUUGACUUUAUGUACUGCUGAUCUCAUUACUUGUAGUGGGAUUUUAACCUUUCUAUAGUGGUUUUGGUUUUAACUGUAACUGUUUUCUUUCUUUUCUUUUUCUUUUUUUUUUUGUCAGAACAUGUUUUUCGUGUCUUGAAUUGAAUGACUCUGAGUGUUUUAAGACCAGCAGCUCAGGCAGGUUUAGAUGAAUUCACUCUCACAGUAUGAAAAGCUGUAGCCUUCUUUUCAGCCCUCAGCCUAAAACGGCUGAUGGGGUAUUGUCCUCACCCCAUCGGGUGGACGGGUCGCUAAAUUUCCAUUUUGUGAACAUGAUGACUCGAACGAUGUGACCUAAGAUGUUCAAAUUCAUACCAUAAAUGUAUUUAUUAAAAGUCUCGCAUGAGUUUGAAUCUCAGCAAUCUUGACGUCAAGGUCAGAGGUCAAGAUUUCUGAAAAAUCUUGUCAUAUCUCAAGAAAGAAGUCACGCAGGAUUUUCAAAUGGAUAUCUACUAAAAAUCUGAAAUGAGUUUGAAUUUUGGUGACCUUGAUCUCAAGGUCAGAGGUCACAUUUACUGAAGGUUUUGUGAACACAGCUGCUCGAGAGCGAGGUCACAUAGGAUUUUCUUUUAGAGCAUACCACAGGUGUUUUUACUCAGGAAGGAUAUCACAGACGUCUCAUGCUCACAGCUCUGAUGCACCUACUGACAAUCUGACACUUGAGAAUUCGACAUCCUUGAUACAAUUCAUUCAUUUUUUAAAAAUUUUAUUUUAUUGCAGAUUUGCCAAUGGCAUAGUAUAUGUAGCUAUAUCAGGGCCACUGUUUCAGUCUGUUGAUAAAAUGACGUUCAGUGAAUUUUCAGUGUGAUAAUAACCCUUCUGCUGUGACUGUGGAUUUUCAGGCCAGGCCCAGUUUGAUAGCAGAAGAGUUGAAAGAUGUUCCACUUUUGUUGUUUCAUUUUUGAUUUUGUGCCUUUCAUGUGAACGUGACCUGGAGUGUUCGGGUAAUAUUGCUGCAGUUUGUAGUCAAAAUGAACAUGAGGUUCAAAGAUGGAUUCAAAUGGUGAUUUAAAUGUUUAAUAUAUAUAUAUAUAUUUUUUUUUUUCUUACCAGCUACAAAUAAGGGUUGAUGUGUUUAAAUAGAGCUUUGACAGAUAACA